GCCCAGCACAGGAGAGCACAGGUGACCACAGAGAGCUCAUCAGCACAGGUAACCAUGCAGGCCGAUAAUCAAAAAAGAGCACCAGCAUGGACCGUACGGGAGGUACUGGAUCUGAUCACUAUAUGGGGAGAGGAUUCAGUGCUAGCAGAACUUGGUUCGAAAAGACGAAAUGCCAAAACUUUUGAAAAAAUCUCCAAGGGCAUGAUGGAGAGAAGCCACAAUAGGGACUCAGAUCUGUGCCGCGUGAAAGUCAAGGAGCUCAGACAAGCCUAUCAAAAAACAAAGGAGGCAAACGGUCGCUCCGGGUCAGAGCCGCGGACAUGCCGCUUCUACGCCGAGCUGCAUGCAGUUCUAGGGGGGGCCGCCACCACUACCCCACCUCUGACCGUGGAUUCCGAGGCGGGGGUAAUCUCAUCAGCUACACCUGAGGAUUCUGCGGAUGGGGAAGAGGAGGAGGAGGAGGAGGAGGACGAGCUUGCGGAGAGCACCCAGCACUCCGUUCUCCCCAACAGCCAGGAUCUUUUUCUCAGCCUGACUGAAGUACCCUCCCAACCCUCCCAAGCCAGUAUCCAAGACCAUGACCCCAUGGAAGGCACCUCAGCUGCAAAUUUUUCAAGCCUCCCUCCUCCUUCCCGAAGGCUAUCUCAGAUAAGGCGGCGGAGAAAGAGGACGUGAGACGAGAUGUUCUCGGAAAUAAUGGAAAGCACCCGCAAUGAAAGUGCUCAUUUGAAUGAGUGGAAGGACACGGUAUCUAAAUACAGGAAAGAUGCCAGUGAAUGUGAGGUCAUGAGGGAUGCUGGAGAUGAGAGGUGACAGGCUGCAAUGCUGGGGCUGCUGCGUGAUCGAACAAACAUGCUCCAGCGUCUGGUGGAGCUUCAGGAACGGCAGCAGGAUAACAGACUGCCGCUGCAGCUGCUGUAUAAUCUCCCUCCCCCCUCAUCAUGUUCCAUAUCCUCCUCACCCAGACGUGUAAGAACGUGGGGGUGGGGGAGGAGGCUCUGUGCAAUCUUCCAAUCCACCCCAGUGGACAGCCCAACCAAAAGGCUGUCAUUAUAUUGCAUUUUUUCAGUGGCCUUUUACUUCCCUCCUAUCCUCCUCCCAAACCUCACCCAGGUUACC